GACACAGCCUUGCCCCGCCUGCGAAUCACAUUAGCGUACUUCUGGGGAACGCAUGGGAACAUUUUAUCAAAUUCACGAUAACUACAAAACGAUUGAAGAUUCCCAUAGAAUAUCACGUCGUCACCCAAUUGAUCACAAAAUGUCGAGAUCCAUAUGUUUGCAUUGCCGGGCAUCGCUGCGGCACUCAUUUCCUACCACAAAAUACGCAUACGCCCAAAUUCCCCUGCCUCGAACAUACAGUACACCAGAAGCCCCUCGAGAGACGUCUGCAGUAGAUGGAAGUUCAUUGCCCAAAUCAGGAAGUAGCACAGGUCGUUUUGUGCCGCGGAGUGUAAAGCUUCACGGAAGUAAAAUAACAACACCUCUGACUCCCAAGCCGGAAGAUCAACAAGUCCCAGUUCGCCGAGUAUAUGCUCGAAUAGACGUGGACCGUUCUCACCAACAGACAAAUAUCGAUGAGCUCCUAUCGAAACCCACUUGGUCCGUUCGAUCUCUUCUGCCAUCUCCAAACGAGAAGCCUGCCGAAGAAAUUACCGUCAAACAACUUCAUCAUUUAUGUCGACUCUCCGCACUUCCUCUUCCCAAAACACCGGAAGAAGAAAGGAAAUUACUAGAUACACUACAUUUACAAUUGCAUUUCUUGAGGGACAUACAGAAAGUCAAUACAGAGGGCAUUGAGCCACUCAGGAGUAUUAGGGAUGAGACUUUGGAUGCAGAGGCGCAUGAGUCCAUUGGACUGCAAACCAAGGAAAUCCAAGAAGCGUUGAAGAAAGAGGAAUAUAAAGGAAGAAACAAGAGACCGAGGAGACAGCCAGAGAUUGCAAUUGACACAAAGGGUGUAGAAGAGUGGGAUGUGACUGGGACUGCGACUGAAAAGGUUGAAUUUGGGGGUGGAAAGUAUUUUAUUGUGAGAAGUGGAAAGGAAGCAGGGGAAAAGAAAGUGGAGGGAGCCAAUCAAUCGGUAACGGAAGCAGCAAUCCUUCCAGAUACAGAAACAGAGAAGCUUGAAGCACGUGAUGGGAACUGAUGGAAAUAUGUUGGAGAUGAUUUUAGAAUUGAUACCCCAUUUGCAGCGUCACAGUACUCAGGAAAGCCGCCCUGUAUACUAUAGUUCUCUUGUCCAUCCAGAUUUCUCCAUGGCUAUUGUCAUGAGCACUCAUCCAAUAUUGAAAAGCAUGGUCCGCAAGCCUGCGAUCUAAUACCAAGACGCACGAUCAGUCACCGGAAUUGAGAACACUAUGCGAGUCGACAUUCCCUCCUCAGUCAACCCGAAUAUUCAAUUGAUCAAUAGUGAAAAGGCUGAAAUAAAACAAAAACACACGUUUAGCAAAUCAAAGGUCGCUUUCUUGCUUUCAGGGUAGUGACGGUCAUGCCUGUCAGCUGUACAUCAUCACCACACCACAACGUAUCGUUUGAGAUGUAUACGAGUGAAAAGUUCAACUCCAGGCAUCAGCAAACCUUUAGAAAUGGUAUUAGACAAUGUUUUUGAACAUGGAAACUGGCUCAAAAUUCAAGACUAGCGGAGAUGUAGGUGUAAGUCUGUUUCUGCCUCA